AUGACAAGUGAAAAUCAGCAUAUGGAUAAAACAAAGUUUUCAUCAACAAAUGUCGAUUCGCCUGGUCAAAUGCGUGGUUGGUUCAAAUUAAUUGAAACGAUUCGACAGACAGAUCCACCAUCAAACAGUAGUACAACACCAACAAUGAUUACUACAAGUACAAAUGGACAUGGUUCAUCACAUUCAUUAGAUACUAUGCAAUUUGUCGAUGAUCUCCCGCCAGAAUCGCCACCAACCGAAGCGCUAGAGGAUAUUCCUAUGAACACCACGCAGAAAUCGUCUGGUUCAAAACGUUCAUCCAGUCGUCAUAAGAGAAUUACUAUACGGAAAUCAGUGCGUUCUAAAGAAUUUUCCUUAGCCAAUAACGCAUCAACUGAAGAUAUUCUCUCUCCACGGAAACGUCAAUCAAUCGAUUCAUCGUUGAAUAUUUCCAUCAUUCCAAUUGCGACGGAUCUGCAGUCUCUACCUGGACAUGCUGAAGAUGAACUACGCGACCAACGCUACCGUGAUUACGCCGAUGUUAACACAUUAUCCGUACAUCUAAAUUCAUGUUUACAUAUCGACAGGAAGUUCGCUUCAUCAAAUAAGCAACAAUUUUUCAAAACACGUCAUAAUAUUUUGAAUAAAAUCUUUAAAAUGAAUUAUUUCAAAAUAUCGCCGGAUACGUUUGAUAUGAAAAAGGAAGAACUAGACAAGACUGAUAUUCCAUCAGUGUCAUCAUCAUUCAAAUUGGAUUGGUCAGUCAAUCGGCGAAGUUCCUCGUCACACCGACACGAACCAAGAAAUCUCUUUCAUAUCCUUCAAUCAAAUCCUAAAAAACAUAUUCUGAAAAGACCAAAGCAUGAAUACAAAAAAGAAUUAUCUACCGAAGAACAAAUCCAGCUUCAUUAUGAACAUAUCCAAAAGCUUCUAGUGCGUACAUAUUAUCCACAUUUUCAUAUUGCUGUAGAACGUGGCCAUACCUUUGGUUCGAAAUCAAAACUCUUCGCAAAGCAAAGUCAUUUACCAAUCGUUAUCGAUCCCCCAUCACCGGCAGAUGUUGAUGAUUCCAUGACGAUCAAGUUAAACUCACCGAUCUCCACAUUUGAACACGAUUCGAGAAAACGGCGACAACGAUCGAAAGAGAAACAUAACAAGGAACGACCUCGGCCAAUAGCGUCAACUGACCGUCGUGUAAGCGAAGAAAUUCCAGCCGUUGUUAUUUUACAAUCUCCACCGCCAUCAAGAGAAGUAAAUAACAAUACAAUUGACAGUCGAAAACGAAAAAUAUCAGUGACAGUUCAUCCAGUUGUUCCCGAAAGAAAAAGGAAGAAGUUAAUAAUAUUACCAUUAUCACCAGAACUUAUCAGCAAUGAGUCGCAAGAUCUUUCAUGUUCAGAUAGUGACAAUGAUAUUCUGCCAGAUGAGCUACCCAAACAGAAUAUUAUUAAGAAUGGUCUUCGUUCGAACUUCUACAAGACCGCGAAUGAACUUGAUUCCAAAUCAGCGAAUACCAAAAAUCGCUCCACACGUCGACAACCAAUCUCUUCAGGCUCAUUGCCACCAUUUUAUACCGCUAUAUUCCAAUCUGAUGAGAACAAGCUCUCCUACAUAGAUUACAAACUUCCCUACGAUAUAUAUUGGCAUAGUCAAAAACGAACCAAUGUCACUAUUACUUCACCUUUGAAAGCUGUCGCUCAACCAAAGAAGAAAUCUAGUGAAUCUAAACAAAAGCAAGAAUUACCAAAUAAACGCCCUAUUCCUCCACCAAUUCAGCACGAUUUUCCAUCUCCAACUAGAAAGCAUCUUCACAAAGUUUCAGUGAAAAUAGAAGAAUUAACUGAAGAAGAAAAACGAAUUGUUUCCCAAUCAUCGAUAUUUCUCAAACGGAACUUUCGACGAAUCAAAGAAAAAAAAGAGUGCACAGAUAAAAACAACAAUCAACAUAAACAACAAGCUGAUGAAUUAUCCGUGCCACUUCUCUUCCCGCAAAAUUAUUAUCAUCCAUACUCGCCACAACAACUAUCUCAUUCCAAAUCUAUUUCGCAUAGAGAUUUCUUAUAUUUGUUCGCUAAUCAUAUUCGUCGAUCUCAUUUCGGUAAAACUGGUCAAUACUACCUCGAAUUAGUUAAUCAAACUUGCUAUUAUGCUCAAUUAGCACAACUGACACUCGUGCUCAAGGACAUGUUCGAACUCUUACUGAAUUACAAAUGCCAUAAUAGUGAUGUUUAUCCAUCGAAUGCUCUAAAAAAAUGCCCAUUAAAGCGAUUAUUUCCCAUGUAUUAUGAGAUUAUUUCCAAACCAAUAGAUUUAUCAAUCAUACAUAGUAAAUUAGACAAUGGAGAGUAUCUGACGUAUGCAUCCUUCGAACAGGAUUUCUUCUUGCUAUUCUCCAAUGCCAUCACUUACUGCGGCGAGGAUUCCGAUGUCGGACGAGCUGUGAAAGAACUACAAAAGUAUUUUACCGAUAUUUUAAAAGUUCAUUAUGGACUCACGUUUGACUUAUUCAAUGAAUUAAAUGAUACCAAUCAAAACGAGAAAAAUCUCGCGAUUUUUCAAGAUUUUGUCACACAUUUUCAUGAAAAAGAAGUGAUUGAUGGGCAAGUCAGAGAAGCUAUCUACGAUAUCGUAUUCAACAUAGAUCGUACUUCACCUAUCGUAUAUAAAACAGUCAAUCCUAAUUCAACCAAUACGAAUCGAACAACAAAAACCACUCUUUUCAACGAUUAUAUCAUCCAUUGCCGAUGUGAAUCUGUUUUUGAUGAGACUUCAGUGGUACGAUGCUAUGCUUGUCAAUUAUGGCAACACACCGCAUGUGUUAAAAUCACCGAUACAUCUCGUCCAUACUUUUGUUUUGAAUGUCAUCCACUUUGUCAAACAAAUCCAUUGAAUUGUCUCAAAACAAAUGUACGUAUAACAGAAGCAACCAAUCCAGCAUUCUAUUCGACUAUAACACGUUCCGAUGGUUUGAUGAUUCGCGUUAACGACUCUUAUUUUGUUGCCAAACAAGGAGAAGAAAGCAAAGAUUCAACAUCGUAUGAGAUUCUUUGUAUCGAACGUCUUUGGUUUGAUGAGAAGAACGUUGCACGUGCAUCGGGCUUUUACUAUUUACGUCCGUAUGAAACAUUUCACGAAGUAAAUCGUAAAUUUUUCCCCAAUGAAGUAUUUCGUUUUCCAUCAACGACUGAUUCCAUCGAACUUACAUCGAUCAUUCGUCCGUGUUAUGUAUUAGAUCCGGGAACGUUCUGUAAAGGAAAACCUUUCUGUGAAUAUGGUAGUCGAAUUUUGUCUACAGAUCUAUUUAUUUGUGAAUAUCGUGUGGAUAAACUAGCACGGGCAUUUACACGCCUACCGAAAUCGAAACAUAUUGGGAUUAAUACCAAACCUUAUUGUUUCGAUAGUCACAUUGAAAAACUAUCGAUUAAACGAGAUUAUCAGCCGCAUCAGAAGGAAUACUAUGAACAACAACAAACACCUCAACGACGUUCAACUACGCACCCGUUGAAACUCACUAGUAAACAAUUCGAUGAAAAAUCUUCCCAUAUCGAUGGGAUUAUCGAACGAGUCUAUUGCCAUUAUCAUCAUCCAAAUUUGAUACCGACUGAAACUAAAAUCGCUCCCGACCAGUUCUUUCAACAACCGGUAACCGACGAACAAAGUCUAAGUCGUGGCAGUAAACGUCUACGUACUAAAAAUUCUACUCCAUCAGUGACAGUCAACAAAAAACGUCGAACACAUUCUUUCUCGUCGAACGACAAUCCAAUUGAAUCGACAUUCGAUUCUACAAUCUCAGCAUUACUUAACGAGUUAAUUCAGACAAUUUCAUCUCGCUUUGACUAG